AUGCAUUGUCUAAUUCUCAUCUGUGCAUUUGCAGGCAUCGCGUCCUCUCUCCGCCUCAACGCCCACAUUUCAAACGAUAGAGGCUUCACCAUCGCUCAAUCAGGCGGAAUCGGAGAUGUCGUGAUAACGAAAUUCAACACUCUCAAUGGCACGCGCCACAAGAAAAUGUCCAAAGCCAAAAGCUAUGGAUGGAACAAUACAAGCCGGCACAACUUGCCAUUGGAGCUUUAUAACAAUCACAAUGGCGGCUCAAUCAAUGCCUACAUUCAGGGCCUCGACUCUGACGGCGCCAUUGUCUUCAUCGACGCAAAAGGCAACCUCAUCUACCCCAGCUCCAACGGCUCUCUCACCCCCAUCGAGAUCAAAAACGAUCUUGCUAUCCCUCUCCCUCCAAAAGGCGAAUCUCUCACCCUCAACAUCUCCAUCCCCCUCACCUCUGGAAGGGUCUACUUCUGCGAUGGCCAUCUCAAAUUCUUCAUGGUCGACACAGGAAGCGGAGACGGCCUCGUCCAGCCCUCAGUCAACAAUUUCCGUGACCCAAGCUCAUCUCUCAACUGGGGCUUCAUCGAGUUCACAUAUCUCGACAACGGCGCUCUCUACGCCAACAUCAGCUACGUCGACUUCGUUGGCCUCAUCCUCAGCAUGAUCCUCUCAACGAAAGACGGCAGCACGCCCCAAAUCACACGAGGCCUCAGACCCAACGCCGUAUACGAGCUCUGCGAAGGCUUGUUCAACCAAACCACCAGCGACGGCUAUCUCUGGCUCGCAAUGUGCGUUAUCGGCGAAACGGGAGAUCCAGUCCGGGUUCUCUCGCCAAAUUAUUAUCAGCGCGUCUACGCAGCUGACUUUGAAGAUUACUGGCAAGACUACGUCGACACAGUAUGGGAGUACUAUUCCUCCCAUACUCUUGCCAUCAACACGCAGACGUCGCUGGGCACAAUUGAAUGCCAAGUCUCCAACGGCACCAUGCACUGCAACGAGGACAACCGUGGCUAUCCUAAGCCCACAGCCCCCGACAUCUGGAGCUGCAACAGCGGCCCAUUCGAGGUCCAAGAAGGCGAUAACCAUGUCCACGCCGCUGUAGUCCCCCGUCUUUGCGCCGCAUUUGUCCGGUCGACGCUCCUCAUUCAAGGGGGAGACGUGCAGCCCAGCCUGAAUUCGUCAUAUCACUACAGAGUCGAUCCAACGCACCAUUAUAGUCGCAUCGUGCAUGAGCUGCAAGUAGACGGGAGAGGCUACGCGUUUUCCUACGAUGAUGUCAAUCCUAAUGGACACGAAGAUGUUUCGGGGCUUGUUUCUUCUGGUAAUCCGGACACAUUGACGGUUUAUGUUGGCGCACCGCCACCGUACUGA